AUGAUAGAUUCCCUGUCUACAGAAAUUCUGUUGACCAUCCUUGAAUGCUUGUCCCCGCUUGAUCUUUUCUCUGCUAUCAGAGCCUCGCCAAUCGUAUACCGCACCUUUAUCGCCUACAAACAACAUCUUCUCAGACAUACUCUCCGCCAGGCCAUCCACCCCGCAUGUGGAGCGGACAUUCAUACCGCGCUGGAUGCACAGAAUAUUCCCAAACUGAUUAAGUCCGGCGAAAGCAUUACCAGAGUCAAGGCAGAAUGUUUCUCACUUUUUGCCACCGACCGCACUCGUCGGCGUCGAAAUAUCGACCAGUUCAGCGUGGAUAAUGCGAACCUCGAUACCUUGUUUUAUCUCCAUGUCAACGUUGAACGCCUGAUUGAUAGCUAUUGCCACUGGUCACUGGGCAAUUUGACCUCGCACCAUGAAAAACCAACACAGUUCCAAACAACAACCGUCCACCCAAGAGCGACGCUGUCAUCUACCGAACAAGCCCGUCUUCAACGGGCGUUCUACCGAUACGAAAUCUAUGCGAGAUUCCAGCGUGUAUUACAUCUCCUGACCGACAAAAGCGGGGCCCUAAAUUUCUCUCAAAUUGUGUUGAGCUUCAUCUCGCAAUUCACCCCCUAUGAAUUCGAAGAGAUUAUCAGCGUACGACAAUUCCUCGCUCAAUUCAUUAGAUCGCUCUGCGAAAGAGUCGACGAUGAUGUCGUGGCUUCUUGUUACCUCCCUGAUUCUGUCGGCGCCGGCGUCGAGAAAGAAGCUUCGGGAAAUGCAGUAUCAAUGAAAAUUGAAGGCCUUAAGGACCUUUCCUUCUUUGCGAAGUCAUACCGAGAUACCCACCACUUGGAUCAUGUGAAAUUCCUUGCAUCAUGCGGCUUACCAUACGUUUUUCGUCUGAGUCUUAUGGAACCCCAAGCCCUCAAACACGCCAUACUCAACUCAUACGUCGAGUCGCGCAACAACACCGUCAUGGACUUCUUUUUCCAGGGGGGCUAUAUAUUGAAUCGUGUGAUGAGAAACAGAAAGAUAUUGUCCUUCGGGGUAAACUGGUUUCCAUCCCCCGUGAUGAAGUCAGCAGUUGCAACCUAG